AGUGCUCAGGGUGCAACUCUGUUUCUCAAGAGGGAGUCUGCCAAUCAAACCUGGAUUCAUCCCAUUCUGUUACAAGCUUUCAACAAAUUAAGAGCCAGGCUUUUCCGCACUCUUCCGACACACAGAAUCGUUCUUCACCUGCAGCAUGCGAGUUCUUUGUGUAGCAGAGAAGCCUUCCAUAGCUCGUUCAAUCAGCUCAAUUCUCUCUGGUGGUCAUCUGGAAACACGUCCAACGUCCAAUAGAUUCAUCAAGAACUUUGAUUUCGAUUACCCACAGACCAACUCACAAUUUACAGUGACCUCCGUCUCUGGUCAUUUACUAGCCCAUGACUUUCCCGAGGAGUAUAGGCAGUGGAACUCUUGUGACCCCAUUACACUGUUCGAUGCGCCCAUUCACACUGCUGUACCUGCAGACAGCAAGAGUAUCGAACGCAAUCUCUUGACUGAAGCGCGUAGAGCAGAUACCCUUAUGAUUUGGACAGAUUGUGAUCGCGAAGGAGAGAACAUUGGGAGCGAGAUUGUCAAGGUAUGCAGGAAAUCACGGCCACAAAUCGUUGUGAAAAGGGCUAGGUUUAGCGCCAUCAUUCCUCAACAAAUUCAUCGUGCUGCUCAGCACCCCGUCGAUCUCGACAUGGCUCAGGCCCACGCUGUCGAGGCGCGCAUCUUCCUUGACCUAAGAAUAGGUGCUGCAUUCACGCGUAUGCAAACUCUUACACUGCAGACACGGCUCGCCCAGUUUCGUGAAAAGAGAGAAGUCGUUUCAUAUGGUCCUUGUCAAUUUCCGACGCUCGGGUUUGUCGUCCAAAGAUAUAAUCAAGUCAAGUCCUUCGUUCCUGAAGACUUCUGGUACAUACACUUUUCUGUGGAUCGUGAUGACAUGAAGGUCGACUUCAACUGGAAAAGGGGACACUUAUUCGAAAAUGAUGUGGUUGCUGAGAUACACGAGGAGGUUUUGCAGAGUCCCACUGCUAGAGUGGUGAAGGUGACACAGAAAGAUGUCAAGAAAUACAAACCACUCCCACUAACAACCGUAGAGCUGCAGAAGGCUGGAUCUAGAUUGUUGAGGCUAGCUCCCAAGAAGGUCCUCGAUAUUGCGGAGAAGCUUUACCAACAAGGCUUUUUAUCAUAUCCACGCACAGAAACAGAUCAAUACGAUCCUCAGUUCAAUUUCAUGACACUCAUCGAAAAGCAAACUGCCGAUCCUGCUUGGGGAGGAUUCGCCACUGGUCUGCAUGGAGGCAAUUUCAAUGCUCCCAGGCGGGGCAAAAACAACGACAAGGCUCAUCCGCCCAUCCACCCCACCGCUCAUGCGGGGAAUCUUGCUGGCGAUGAGAAGAAGGUAUACGAGUUCAUCACCCGCCGCUUUCUUGCAAGUUGUAGCACAGAUGCGGAAGGCAAAGAAACAAUUGUGCAAGUAGAUUAUGGUGGUGAAGAGUUUAACGCAACCGGAUUGAUCGUCCUUCGGAGAAAUUAUCUUGAAGUAUACCCAUAUGACAAGUGGUCGGCAAAAGAGAUACCGAACUUCGAGGAAGGCGAGCAGUUCGUACCUACGACAUGCGAAGUCAAAGAUGGUCAAACUUCCUCACCGUCACUCCUCACCGAGGCGGACUUGGUUACCCUCAUGGACAAGAACGGUAUUGGCACUGAUGCUACGAUUGCUCAACACAUCCAGACGAUUGUCGACCGCGAGUAUGUCAUCGAACGGAUGGAUGGUGCAACAAAGCAUCUCAUGCCCUCGACACUUGGUAUUGGGCUUAUAGAAGGGUACAAUGAAAUUGGGUUUGAGAGAAGUUUAUCAAAGCCGCAGCUUAGGCGCGAAACCGAACGCGGCAUGGUCCGAAUUUGCGAAGGCACGAAGUCCAAAGCAGAUAUGCUCACCGAGAGCAUCGAACAAUACAGGGAGAUGUAUGUUCUCGCAAAGAGAGAGUUCGACAAGGUUGUCUCUGUAGGUGGUCUUCGAACGCACGGGUGUCGUCACAUUCACAUUGCACGACGACGUUAGAGUGUGCGCAGGUACAUUGAACGCAAUGCAGGUGCAAACAAUGGUGGUGGUGG